AUGCCAGACGUUGGGGAAGAACCUCCUGCUACUAAUAAUAUACUAGAAGAAGUGGAGGCAGAACUUAAGGAAUUGUUGAGAACCAUCGAGACUAAUAUUUGGAACUUUGAAGGUUCUUACUUGGAAGAGACCCAUUCUGGCGGAAACCUUAUCCGUGGAUUUGAUUCAUAUUUGAGACCUUCGACCGAGAAAAAGAAACGUGCGGAAAUUAGUCCUGAAGAACGAUUGUUUUCAAGAUCGAGUGUAACUUCGGAAAGGGCCGUCAAUAUAAAUGAUGAAUCGUCAUCGAGUUCAGAUGAUUACAUUAACAUUAAGAAUGGAUAUAAACAAAUGAGUAACAACAGAAAGAAGAAAAAACAAAGGCAUAGUUUUACUUUUACUCAAGAGGUUAAACGAAUCAAAUUCACUUAUCGUGAAGGUAAAGAAACGGAGGAAGAAUUGGAUAUUUGA